AUGGCAGUAUGUGCCGGCGAAUCGCAACCGGUUCGCCAUUCGUUGACCCGGUUGGAACAGACGAGUCAGAUGCAGAGUCUUCCUGAUUUGCGAAUUGCAGAUUCUGCUCCAGCAUCGAUCCAACUCAUGGAAAAUCCCAAUCUGCUCAAGAGGAAGAGAGGUAAGCACGGCCCUGAAGCCAGGAUUUCAGUCAUGGAAGAAAGUGAUAUUACUCAGGCUAUGCGAACGUCCUCCAGUCGCUCUGGUGAGCCUGUUUUCCUACCUGCUGUUGGCAUGGAGUUCGACUCCGCAAAAGAAGCAAAAGACUUCUGCAACCUAUAUUCAUGGGAAAUUGGAUUUGGCAUUAGAAAAGGUCGAAACAGAGUGAAUGACAACAAUUACACAACGAGGCAGAAUUUUGUAUGCUCAUGUGAGGGCCUCUGUCCUAACAGCAGGGCUGCAACCUGCAGGACUGGUUGCAAAGCCAUGAUUAGGCUUCAUCGCACCAGUGAUCAUGGAUGGGUUAUUUCUCGGUUUCACCCGCAACACAAUCAUCCUUGUUCUGCUACCCAUGGGCAGAACAAACAGUGGCUCUCACACAGCGACAUUGAUCCUAUGACCAAGGACGUUGUUCGGAAGCUCCGUGAAAAUAGGGAGGGUUUGCAGCAUUCUAGGGGUUCACGGUACUCAAUCAGCAAUUCCUAUAAGGAAAGAGGCGAUCAGUGCCAAGCGAUGGCUGCAGCCAUAAAAACCACACUGAAGGCGACUAAUCACUGGUGGUGUCAAUGGCACGUUUUGAGGAAGACCAAGCAAAAAGUUGGUCCUACCUACAGCAAGAAAAGAAACUUUAAGAAAGAAUUCAACAAACUUGUCACCGAAGAAACAAUGAGGUCCGCACCGAUGCAUAUGUUCGUUCGAAAGUUCAAUGAGUUCCAAAUGGACCGGAACGAUCACGAAGAGAAGGAGGUGUAUCUCACCAAACAGAUGCAUAGGAAGCAUCGUGUUGGUGUGCCCAUUGAGCGCCAUGCUGAACUAAUUUACACUAGGAGAAUUUACGAGAAGUUUUAUAAUGAACUAUAUUAUGCUGGUGGAUAUGCGAUCAAAAGUAGGACUUCUGAUGGUGUAUUUGAAGUAGCUCACUCAUUGUUCGAUGGCAAUGCUGAUCAGAUUUUCUAUAAGGUUGUAUAUGUUGGUGGUGAGAAGAUCACAUGCCAGUGCGGGCUUUAUGAACAUCUGGUUCUUGUGCACUUGGACGUCAAAGAGAUACCCAAGAACAAUAUCAUGCCUCGUUGGAUGAAGGAUGGAGAUGAAAGUGCUGACCACAGUAAUGUCAAGACUGGCUUUCACGUAAUUCGGGGGUCAAGUGACGUCCUAAAGAAAAGGGCUCUAGUCAGCCGAGUGCUCGAGGUUGCGUAUGGACCAAAUGCGAUUAGUGAAGAAGUCUAUGCUCAAGCCAUGGGAGUGAUGGAUUUGGUUAGGUCACAAUCUUCAAUGCUGCAACCAUUGGUUGAUCAACCAUCUCAUGAUCCCCGUAUCAGUGUAGUUACAUCAGCUUCUGCUAUCAGCGCUCCAACCAAUAUUCGCUGUCCGGACAGACCAACAAAGAAGGGAAGACCUGCCAAUUCUAGCCUUCAGUCAUGGAAGGAAGAGCAGAAGAGAAACAAUCGGCAGAGCACAGAUGAAGAGAACCCGAGGGGUGACAAGACUCGGUUGAUCGCUGAUGUACUUGCAGUCUAG